AACCAAUCUCUUUGUUCUUUUUCAUCUCAUGUGUUUAACUUAGGUUUUGCCUUCUUCUUAUAUCAAUCCCUCUCUAAAUAUCAUCUAAAUAUCAUUAAAGCUUUCUCAAUCUAUUCUUUGAUUACGUCUUCCUCAAUCUAUCGAUCUUCCUCCUACUACGAUCUCUCCGACGGUCUCGCUAGACUUGAUGGAGGGGAAUUCUAACUGGAAGCCUAACCAACCAGGCGGAGACUCGCUUGCGAGUAACAAUGCCAAUGAUUGGAGAUCACAGCUUCCGCCUGAUAUGAGGAAGAAGGUUAUUUUAGCAAUAGUGGAAAAGGUGAAGAUAUAUUGUCCUACACGCCACCCAAAUGACAUUAAAAAUACUGCCUUCUCAUUUGAGGGAAAGAUCUAUGCAGCGGCUACAGAUAAGGAUGAUUACAUGCGGACAAUUAAGGGAAACAUAAUGAAUUUCGACAGAAAAUUCAGAAUGCAGUCUGGUUCAUCAGUCAAUGGAACUAAUACUCCAGCUCCAGCAGCUCAAGCUCUGAAUCAAGUGCAAUCAGUUCCCACCUCGUUGCCAUAUACACAGACUCCAACAAGCCAACAGUGGUUACCUCAAAACAACAACAACAUCCAGAGAAAUCUCAACAUUUUUGAGUCUUCUGGUUUGCCUAAUCAGGUCUCUUCUGCGGCUCAGAACCUAAACAUUCAAAUGGGUGAAGGAGUUCAUUCGAAUCUUCUUCCCGGUUCUCAAAGACAGGUUCAUGGAAGGGAACAGCAUCUUCCUCAGCAGCCACAGAGUUCCAACUACUUCCAGAAUCAAAUGGAUCAACAGCUCUUGAAAGAGGAAGUACAACCUUCAUACAUGCAGCAACAGCAUCACCAGCCAACUCUGUUAAAACAACCUAUUCAGCAGUCCGUUCCUCAACCUUCCGCUCUUUCUAGUCUACCACCAUCAGGCCAACAAAACUCUCAGUUCUUGUCAAGACAAAAUCAGUUUCCGACCCAGCGGGUCCAUUCUAGUCACCAUCAACAGCAGAUGCAUGUGCCAUCUCAGGAACAGAAACGACAAGAACGAGAGCAACUCACUAGCCACCUGAUGAAUGGUCAAGACACGCAGCAGAAUCAUCUAACAUCUCAACAAAACAAUGGAGAGCAACAAAGAGCUUUUAGAGUAUCUUCAUCCCAGCAGAACAAUAUUGCUAGCUUUCAAGAAAGGCCACAACAGAAUAACAACAUCCAAAACCUGCACCAGCAACAACGCCUUUAUUCUCACAGUAAUAAUGCUUCAGCCUUGCCCUCACAACAGCAGCAAUAUAAUGUGCAUGUAUCAAGUUCUUUGGGGGCUCAAGGCCAAGAGGUGGGACAAUCUCAACAAAUGAUACACCAAAAAUACCAACCACAACAUACUAUGCACCAAACUCAAAACAGAAUCUCACAGCAACCUUUAGAUGAUACACAAAGGUUUCAAGCAUCAGGUUCUUUGCUCCAGACCCAACAGAAUCAGCCAUAUCAAUUACAGAGAACCUCUCCAGCAAACACAUCUACAUCUCAAGAUUCUACAGGCCAGACGGUAAAUGAGAGUGGUGGUGGUGACUGGCAGGAGGAGACCUAUCAGAAGAUAAAAGCCCUCAAGGAGAAGUAUAUACUUGUAGUUAGUGCACUGUUCCAAAAAUUAUCUAAUAAAUUGCGAGAGAUUGAUGCUCAUCCUCAACAAAAAAUCCAACAUGGCCAUAUGGAAAAGCUAAGGGCGACCAAAGCAACGUUGAAACUAGUUCUUGUGUUCUUAAAUGUCCCCAGGAAUGCUAUUACAGAGAGUCACAGAGAAAAGUUUAGUAUCUAUGAGGAACAGUUAUUGAGGUUCGUUAAGCAUAACCAGACCGUGACUAGGAGGCCAAUGCAGCAGCAACAACAAGUGCAUCUCCCUCCUCCUCAGACACAUCAAACACCAUUACAAUCCCAAAGUGGUCAUCAAGUCUUCCAUGUGCCGCAGUCGUCUACAGUAUCUAACCUUACCACCUCACAUACAGCAAUGCCUCAUUCGUCGCAGACAAGGCCUACGAUGGAACCAAAAGAGGAGACCAACAUUAUGACGUUACCUGCAAGUAAUCCUCAGCCUAGUAUGUUUCAGCAGAAGCAGUUUCAUCAUCUCCCUAUGCAACAAAGGCAGCAGCAACAACCACAAACGAACCAUCAGCAGCUUCAUAUGCCUAAAAUUGAGAUGAAUGAUGUGAGGAUGAGUCAAAGGGUCAACCACAAAGCUGGUUUGCGUCAGCGCCACCUUGCAAAGCCACUAUCUUCUCCUCAGUUGGUGGACCAGCAGAUUCUUCCCCCAACAUUCAACAAAAAUGGAACCUCAUCACAGUCUGGUGGCUCUCCCUUUGUUGCACCUUCCUUUGCUCCAUCUCCAAAUCUUGGUGAUCCUGAAAACCCUAUAUCCGUUGAGUCACCUUCCUCACAUGAUUACCAACUCCAACCAGCAGCUCAGGAGCAACCUCAGGAGCCACACGCAGAACGGCCUAUUGAUCGUCUGAUAAAAGCUUUUCAAUCAUCAUCACCGGAGUCCUUGGCACAGUCGAUUAGUGAGAUGAGCUCUGUCAUCAGUUUGACAGAUAGGCUUGCUGGUUCUGUCCAGUCCAUCGGAGGAUCUAGAGCUCGUGUACCUCAGGAUUUGAGUGAGAGGACAAGGUUGCGUUUGCAACGAGGAGAAACCAAUCCUACUAAUAAGAGAUUCAAGCGGUCAAUCACCACUCAGUCUAUAGAUAUCACAUCAGAAACUGAAAGCUACAAACAGUUCAGUAGCUUGGAGUCUGAAGUUGACUCCACUGCAUCAUCUGGCUCAAAAGCUAACAAGAUUGAGCCUGGCUUGGCCCUCUUGCAAGAGAUCAUGGAAGUAAAUGGGAGACUUGUAGAGACAAUGGUAAGCAUAUGCAGUGAAGAUGUUGGUCCAAGUGAAGUUACUACAGGAACAAUAGUCAUGUGUUCUUAUGCCCCUGUGGCUCUCUGUGACACAUUCCAAGCUCUUUACAAGUCAGGACAUGUAUCACAGAUUCAGCCGUUACGCUUACUAGUUCCUGACAACUACCCACAUUCACCAAUUCUUAUUGAAAACAUCCCCUUUGACUCUAGUGUAAACAAACAUGAGGAUUUGUCCGCGAGAACAAGAUCAAGGUUUGGUUUGUCUAUGAAGGAGUUUUCAGAACCGAUGUCUUUAACUGCAAUAGCUCAAGCUUGGGAUGCUUGUGCGAGAGCGACGAUGGCCGAGUACGCUGAGAGGCAUGGUGAAGGCACUUUCAGCUCCAAGUAUGGUCAUUGGGAACCUGUUUUGAGAGCUUCAUGAGCACUCUCUCACCAAAAGGUAUGGGAUUAUGCACAGAGAUGAAAACUUUAGGUUAUCUUAUUUGACUUGCAGUAGAAGAAACAUCAAUAUGUAUGCUUUUUGUAAGUGCAUAAAUAUCGUUAUAGACAAAAUGUAUAGACUAUUUAUGGAGGUGUUUACCCAGUGUGGAUGAUUCCAUACUCCAUGCAACAUUCUUCUAAUAUAUUUAUAAAGUUGACAAAAAAAAACUAGAGAAUUAACU